AUGGAUUCCCCGGAGCUGCGGGUUUUGUUUCUGGAGACGCUGAAGCAGCUGCUGCAGCACCCCGCUGCCAGCAGCAGCAGCCGCCGCAGCAGCAGCAGCAGCAGCAGCAGCAGCAGCGGCAAGAGCUUGGGCGGCGCUGCGCUGCUGCUGCUGCUGCUGCUGCUGCUGGGCCCCCUCGUGAUGCGGCGGCCGCGGCAGCGGCAGCGGCAGAAGGCCGUGCGCAUGCCCGCGGGGCUGCUGGUUGCUUCGGGGGACCCAGCAGCAGCAGCAGCAGCAGCAGCAGCAGCAAACCAAGCAGCAGCAGUUUGGGACUGGCAAGCAGCACCUCCUGCAGCAGAAGAUGAACGCUCUUUUGACUUAGACGAAUUUGCCAUAGUCACAACACAUGACUCCCUCAGCGCUUCCCACGCAACUCUUGCUGCUGCGGGCUUGCCCUAG